AUGGGAGCGGCAGAUGUUGUUCUUCUUGAUUGGCUGAUGACACAUGAUCCGUUCCAUCCGGCCUAUUCUACUCUUUGUAACACAAUUACGAUGGGAGCGUGCUUUUCACGUCAUCGUGGGGCAUCGUCAAGCGACAGUCAUGGCGCAAGUAUGCUUGAACGCGUCGAUGCCACGAAGUUCAAUUCCACACCACAGACGAUGUAUCUCGUGAACAAUGCCGGAGAUCGAGAGGGACAUUUGGUCGAUCAUUCAACUCCGCAACGUACUGCGCAGUCAGACAAAGAAAUUCUGGUUGCGCUCUAUGCAUACGAUUCCCGAGCCGAUGGCGACCUUAGCUUCAAAAAGGGCGACAUCAUGUACCUUUUAGACCAGAGUAAUUGUGACUGGUGGUACGUACGUCAUCAGCGCACAGGAAAUACUGGAUAUGUACCGAGAAACUUCGUAGCGAAACAGCAAACGAUCGAGAGCGAGGAGUGGUAUGCCGGGAAAAUUCCCAGGAACCGAGCCGAGCGACUGGUUUUAGCGAAUAAUUUACCUAAAGGAACAUUCUUGAUACGUGAAAGGGAAGCUGAUGGACGAGAAUUUGCACUGACUAUUCGGGAUUCGGAUGACAUUCGAGGAGGAUCCGUUAAACAUUAUAAGAUCAAACGGCUCGAUCACGACCAAGGCUUCUUUAUUACCACACGAAGGACUUUCCGAACCUUGCAGGAACUUGUCGCCUAUUAUUCUGAGAUGGCUGACGGGUUAUGUUGCCAAUUAACAUUCCCCGCCCCACGGAUUGCGCCAACCCGUCCGGAUCUUAGUCAUGAUACUCAACAGAAUUGGGAAAUUCCUAGGAAUCAGUUGCAGUUGAAGAGGAAACUCGGUGACGGCAAUUUUGGUGAAGUUUGGUACGGGAAAUGGCGCGGAAUCGUCGAAGUCGCUAUCAAGACAAUGAAGCCGGGAACGAUGUCUCCAGAAGCAUUUUUGGGGGAAGCUCAGAUCAUGAAACAGUGCGAUCAUCCCAAUCUGGUCAAGCUUUAUGCCGUGUGCACCAGAGAAGAACCGUUUUACAUAAUCACAGAAUACAUGUGCAAUGGUUCGCUUCUGCAUUACCUGAGGAACGAAGGCGCUGCUCUGGGAAUACAAGCCUUGGUUGACAUGGCUGCACAGAUUGCCAAUGGAAUGAUGUAUUUGGAAGAAAGAAAACUGGUGCAUCGUGAUCUGGCAGCGAGAAAUGUUCUUGUGGGAGAAAAGAUCAGUGGUGUUCCAGUUGUUAAGGUCGCAGAUUUUGGAUUAGCACGAAAACUAAUGGAGGAAGACAUAUAUGAGGCGCGAACAGGCGCGAAAUUCCCCAUCAAAUGGACAGCACCGGAAGCCGCUACUUGUGGCAACUUCACUGUGAAGAGUGACGUGUGGUCAUACGGCAUCCUGCUCUAUGAAAUCAUGACCAAAGGACAAGUGCCGUAUCCUGGUAUGCAUAAUCGCGAAGUUGUUGAGCAAGUGGAAAUUGGUUAUCGCAUGCCGAUGCCUCGUGGCUGCCCCGAACAAAUAUAUAACGAGGUGAUGUUGAAGUGCUGGGAUAAAAUACCGGAUAGAAGACCAACGUUUGACCAUCUCUUUCACUUUUUUGAUGAUUACUUCGUGUCGUCGCAGCCGAACUACGUUCCUCCCAGUGUCUGA